GUAAGGAGAAUGGGAAGGCGAAGGCAAAGGAAAAGAGCUUGAAUUACCUAAUUAGGCAAGAUUCGCCGCUGCCUCUGCCAGUUCCGAGGAAGAAGAGCAAACCUAAGGUGCAGAUUAGGAAGGAGAAAGACUUUCCCAAUGCCCCAAUGGGAGAGUUGAUUUGUAGCUUAAAAAAACACCCUCCACCUCCUCCGCGUCUCCCUGACCGCACCGGUGCCGGCGUGCGUGCCGCGGAAGCCGCUGCCUCCGGCUCCGCAACCGGCUCCGAGCUGCCUCAUGCAUCUACUAUUGUAUGAUUGCUUUACUUGAUACAUCUUCUACCCAUACAUUGUUGGCGUCAAGCUUGCAAUCAAACAUGCAAUGACUAGUGAUAGUGACCACUACAAGGAAAUGGGUGAAGCAAUGUUGGAGAAGUUUGACAAAUAUUGGGAAGAAAAGAACAAUGCCAUGGUGAUCGCAACCAUCUUUGAUCCACGGUACAAGAUGGGUUACAUAGAGUGGGCCUUUGGAGAACUAUAUGGAGAAGGAAGUACGAGGUUUAGGACUGAGAUCAAAAUCGUGGAGAAAGAGUUGGCGGCCUUGUAUGACAAAUGUGUUGCUCAAGAUAAGCGAGCUGGAAAUGGAGAAAGUUCAUCUUCCUCUGCAAACAUUCCUAGUAUCCCGGUUCAAGAUGGGUACGAGUCCUUCUUAUCGUCCCGUUCAACAAGAAUAUCAAAGGGUGAGUUGAGGAACUACUUAGAGGAUGAGGUUGCCCCUCGCAACAAGGCUCUUGAUCUUCUUGGUUGGUGGAAAGACAAUGCUCCUAGGUACCCAAUUAUGGCCAAGAUAGCCAGGAGGUUCCUUACUAUCCCGGCUACCUCCGUGUCUUCGGAAUCUACCUUCAGCACGACCGGAAGGAUUUUAGAUGACUAUAGGAGUUCGUUAAAACCGGUUAUGGUGGAGGCAUUAGUUUGUGGUGCAAGUUAUAUCAAGGGUGCUCACGUUGACUUGAAUCUGGUGCCGAGGGAUGAGAAUGAAGAGGAAGAUGUUGAGAACAUCAAGUUACCCAUUGUGGUGGAGGAGAUCAACGAUUGACGUUUAUCAUGUGGAUGUUGAUCGCUAUUUUGGAGAUGAAUGUCAAAGUGAUCUUUCUCAUGUGAAGGCUACUUUUGCAUUUCUGUUUUGUUGGAACCUUUCAAGUCAUGAACUAUGAAUUGUCACUGCUAGCUUGGAGAUGAACCUCUCAUUUGUGUUAUGUUCAACUUGUCAAUUGACAUGGACUUGGAAUUGUCAUUGCAAGUUUGUAAUCGUGUCGUUCUAUGAUGAUAAGACCUUAUGCUUGUGGAUGUGAUAUUUGUGCUUAA